AUGGGUAACGACGAAAUUGUUUCUGGCGCCAUCGCAGGGCAUUCACGCAGCCUGAUAGGCGCUCGUGUUAAGGGCGCUUGGCGGCGUUAUGCCUGGCUCUUGGCGUUAAUAUGUGGCGCAGCAUGCGCCUCGGCGCUAGACGCCGUGGAGGUGUCACCUCACACAAAAGACCAUUCAUAUGCAAUUGUGUCUGAGAAAUCUUCUGCGACCGAUGCAAUUGAUUACAAUGACAACAACACUGCUGAGAAUGUCGGAGAUCGCGAAAGGAACCCUUUCACUGUUGUGGGUAUGGGAGCCGAGUUUGAGGGAUUUUUGGAGCUAUACGAUUACAAUGACGAAGGUGCCACCGGUUCAAGUUUCAUGGAGAUCGCCAACACUCCUGAGGAUGCACCGACAAGCGAACCGGCACAUACGGAGGCACCAGCGUCAGCGCCACCAUCAGCAUCACCACCGGCAUCUGCACCGACGCCAGCACCGGAGUCGAAGACGUCUUCAAAGAGUCUCAUCAGUUUCCGGCGCAAAACGGCUGCUAAUUCCGAACCGGCAGCAGCCCCGAGCUCAAAUCCGUUCGGAUUUAUAGGUUCACUCUUCAAGUCUUCGUUCAAACCUGCCAAAAAGUACAAAUUCCGCGACGUCAACAUGGAGCUGGUUGACACUCAUCUUGACUUACUCGACCCCAGCGGCGUUAUUCAGGGCCGUUUCACCAUGAGUGAUGAAGACAGCCACACGAUGUCGAUCCUGACCGCGCUGAAGCAACGGAAAUUCACCAAGUGUGACGUGAAAUGGGUGCCUGCACCUAAAGGAUCGCAGAAUGGUAUGGGGCACAUACAGUUCGAAUGCAAAACCAAGGUACCCGCGGUUGGUUACGCUGGUCAAAUCCCGAUUGCCGUUUACGUUUCCGGUCUGAGCAAGAACAAGCAGCAGAAGAUCUACAUUCACACCGAUGGAUUGAACUUCCGUCGCGACUUUGAGGAUAUUGACCAUGUCCGUUACGCCAUUUUGCAGGCGCUAGGCAUAGACUUGGACCACCAGAUCACCAUCACCGAAGUGAACGGUAACCGCUACAAGGACGAUGCGGCCACAUACCAGGCUAUUGCGAAAUUGGUGGAAUCUGGAGGCACGGUCAUUAAGGUCACAGUAAAGCCUAUGAUUCGCCUGGAGGCAAACGUGCAGGAACCGUACUCCCCAACAUCGGAGAACUUUAACCACGAGUUGGGCAACAUGACCAUUGACGAUUACGUGAAGACUCUCAAAAACCGAAAGCGCCUGUCCCAGCUAGCUCAUGACAGCCUUGGUGAGAAUGCGGAUGGCUUCACUUUGGUGGGCAUCAACGAACUCCACGAGGGCUCCAAAGGGUUCAACGGCAAAAACCCCGCCAAGAUGCCAAUUGAAAUUGAUGAGAAGUUGACGUUCAUGCCAGAUGUGACGGUUCGGUUCAACUACCUGGACAGUUUCGUAUCCAGCAAAAGUUUUGCUGUUCACACCCCCGCUAUUGACGUGGUUAACGUGGGUCGUGAUAUAGUGAGGAAGGCUCGUGGCGGUAAGGACAAGAAUGUGUAUCGCGUUUACGCGUACUCCCUGCCCGGCUGCCCUAUGGAAGAACCCGACCUGUACGAACUGAUGAAGGUGCGCAAGAACCUAACCAUCGAGCAACUGCCGUUUGGCGAGGCAUGUUCGAACCGUCGUACGCAUACUAUUGACUUCUUCUACCUGAACAGCAAGCCCGCUAACUACAUUUUCGACGUCGACCUGACUAACCCUGACGGGACACGGACUGAGACCAAACGCAUAACUGUGAAGUAUGUCGACGACAGCGACAUGUCUGUGCUGAAGGACGCAAUCGUUCGAGAGUUCGAGAAGGAUGGUUAUCUGAUAACACCGGAUGAUUUGAGAUUCGUGAACAUCGUGCGUACCGAUGGCGGUGACCUGACCGACAAGACCAAGAUUUCGAGUUUGGCCGAUAUUCCGAAGGAACAGAUGCUGGGUCACACUUCGCACAUAACAUUACAGGCCGACCCGCACCUCAUAGGUUAUUUCACCGAAAACGACGGGAAGCGUGACACCUUUGAAAUCAAGCUGCCGACGACCAGACCUUCAGCAGCCGACAUCAGGAACGCUUUCGAGAAUGAGCUCCACGUGCGCAACUUUUUGAGACCUGACGAAAACCUGCAUACAAAACUCCGAUUCCACCCGCUUGACGGCAAGAGGAAGGUCCUUAUGAACAUGUUCGUCAACCCCGAUGAGCAGGGCCAUUUCCCUGCCGGGACUAAGUUGAGAGGGAUGGCUGCAGAGGCAGACGCUCGGUAUGAAUUCCCAAUCCGAUUCACCAGCGAUGACGGCAAAGUGCAUAAGUUCUCCGUUCACGUCCCCUACGGCGCCAGCCAGCAGCAGAUCGAGGACCUGAUUGCGAGCGAAAUCGAGCGCCGCAAAUACGGCGACCGCCCGCGUGAGAUGUUCAUCCGCAUGAAGGGCCACGAUGAUGGCGGACUUGAUGGUUUGUGGGAUAACAAAGUUAGCGACGGCAUGGAAUUCGACGUCGAGCCCGCGCGCCUCAUCGAUAUAGGUGGUGUCAUCGACGACAUCCCCACCCACUUUUCGAUGAAGAUCCACCCGCACGAGGGCCGCGACGAGUUCGAGCGCGCCAUACGUCACAAUUUGAUGCAUGAGCCGCAGCUCGAGGUCAAGUUCAGGAACGAGCCCAACCACAUCAACGACAUUUCCACCAUGGUCAUCAACGAACGUGGCAACCCAUACAGCGACGAGGAUUUUGCUGCCCAUGAUCUGUACAAUGACGUGCGGAAGGUACGCGUCGGCGUCUCUGACCACCCGCUUACGCUUACCUGGAGAGAUCCAGUGAGCGGCAAGGACACCACUUUCUGCUUCAGUCGCUCGGCUGCUGGGGCAUGUCGUGGCGUACCGGUCCACAUAUUGGCGAAAUUGACCUUCCAACAGCUGUCCGAGAUUUUGCGCAACGCCAUUCGCUCCGACAAUCGCGAACUCUACGAGGAGCUGGUUGCCCUGCCGCGUAAGGAUGCGCAUCUGACGUCCGCUAUGAAAAUGUCGGGUGUUACCCUGGUUGGUGGUCAGCACGUGCCAACCCCCGAUGUGGAUCUGAGCGACUCCGCUGCGAUUAUUGAGCACUUGUAUGGUCUGAAGAUGUCACACAUCGGAUCGUUUGUGUUCUCUCUCAUGAACAAGGAUGAGCUGCAGCGCCAGCAGGGUCGCCUGAACGGUGGCCCUCGUAACAUCCGCCUGUCCAUGCAUAAGCACGGCGCUGACCCUGAAUCGCAUGUUGUGAUGGCUGAUGAUAUGGGUCCUUCGGAAUUGCGCAAUGUGAUCAACAAGUACUUCCGCGGCGUGGAUGACGGAUCUCAGAUAGAGGGAUUGACCAUUAACGGAGAGGAAUACAAAGGCCAGCCGCUGUCAUAUUUCCUGAACAAAGCCAGUGACAAGAAUAUGCCUCUGAAACUUGACUUCAACGUUGCGAACGACAGGAAGCGCGGAGCGGUCCCGUCCAUUAUGAAUGUACGCAUCCAACCGAAGUACGACGAGACCUUAAGGAGCUACUUCGAUCGUGCAAUGGAGGAGCCUAACGAUUUCGGACUAUCGCCUUUGCAUUCGUACUCUGUUGAAUGUGUGGAUGCGACAGGGAAACGGUUGCAUGUGGAUGGCAUCCUCGACCGCCCCUUGACUUCACUGGGCAUGUGCAGCGAACUGAAAAUCCACCCGAAGUCGCAGGGUCGCGCACGUGAUGGAGGCAGACUCUACGAUAUGGAACCUGAGCAGAAUAUGGAGGUACACACGUCGAUCAUUCUGGAUGAAAACAAGGACAGCCCGAGCAGCCUAAACCGGCAGCUGCGUAACUUCCUGAUGGAACUACCGGAUGACGACCUGAAGCACGUUUCCAUUCUCAUCGACGACAAGCCUGUGAAAUGCUCGUUAUCUGCGCUACGGGAGGCGUACAUGAUCCGCAACCUAACCGUUGACAUGCUUCUGUCUAUGUGUAACAUGGAUUCACGACAUGCGAAGCCUAGCGUUUUCAAGAUCAACUGGGAAGCUCCCAAGGAAGGCGAGGAGUCAAAUGGCAAUGUCAAAACCCGCAUGUCCGUCAACGCCGAUGGCACUCCCCUCUGUUACUUCACGCUCCACAAAGGCCAGCACGAUGUCGGCGUCGGUUCCACAAUCCCGAUCACGCUCGGGACCCUGAAGUCGCCCCUUAAGGAAUUCAACGCAAAAUUGGCGUCGAUGUUCGGUGGCACAUUGUCACACGUAGGCAACCUGCGCAUGUCUGUUGUGCGCAACGGCCUGCUCUCUCCCUGCAAGUCCGAAGGGUGGUUGAAGAAUCUGGAGGAGUUCAAGAAGGCAACGUUGCAGGCCGUCUUCAAGAUGUGUGGUAUCCCCGUUGCCAUCCCCGAAGACAACACGUUCUACCACUUCCGUCUGACUAUCCCAUUCGGCGAGGACAUGACCUACACGUCGGGUGUCAGCAUGGGUGGCAGUGUUCCGGUGGAGAUGCUUUACAAAGACGACGACGAGUUUUCGGCUGUCCACUACAACGAGGAUCUGCGCGUGCCGCUGUACGACUACUUGGAGAAGCAGCCGGAUGUUGAUAUGGGUAACCUCGACCGUUAUGUUCUGAAGGUGAGGGGUGAGAACCCGGGUAACGAGACCAUUGGGCGCACUUACAAGCUCAACCAUCUGCCUUCCGACAUGACACUGUCGAGCGUGUUCCCCCACACCCCCAUGAACAAUAUCGUCUUCGAGAUCGAGGACACCGGCGACCCGUACAACUCCGCGGGCAGCUGGAGCACCGGCAUGUCGUACCCCGUGAACGACUACAAGAACAACUUCGACGCGAUAAAGCAGCAGAUGAUCGUCAACUUGAAAUCUAUGCACGGUAACUCGCUAUCCAAGCUCAACGGGUACAACGUGAUGGUGAAGAUCAACGGUCAGAAGCACGAGUGCCGCAUCAAGAGCCUCGCUGACCUCGAGCGUAUGGACUUCGAGGAGUUCAGCCGGAACUGUGUCAACGUGGAGCACGUGCAGAACAACCCUUCUAUGAACUUCAACGUGUCCUACGAGAGCGGUCGCGGUGACCCCGAGAUAAACUUGUCGUGCAUCUGCGGUGAUUACGACACCAUGCAGGCUUUCCACCUGAAGCCCGGCGAUGUAAUACCGAAGUCGGUGAUCGACCAGCUCACGAAGAAGUACACUCCCAAGCAACUGGAAAACGCCCAAUGGGGAAUCAUGAUCAACGGUGUUCAAGGCAACUGCCACGUGGAUAACAUUGCCGCUCCGAUCUACUUAUCCGAAAUUUUGGAGAACUGUGGUGUCGAUGACACCCAUUCGCGUCAUUUUGACAUCACCCUCCACGAUUUCGCGGUGGACCAGGAGUUUGUAAAGAAGGUGGCUAACGAGAACCUAGCUGCAAACGGCCCCAACGGCUCCGCCCAAGGUGGUGCUGGCAAGGGCGGUUCAGCUCAAAGUGUUGUUGUUAGCGGUGGUGCAGGCCAAGGGGGCGCUGGUAAGGGCGGCUCUGUUAAAGGCAGUGUUGUUCAAGGAGGUGCCGCUCAGGGCGGAAAUGGCAGCGAGGGCGGUGUUAUGAACGUGACCAUGAAGGGCGGCGAAGCAGAAGGUGACUACUCACCUCUGUUAUCCUUCCAGGACCACACGCUCCGUCCACCCAAGGAGUUCGCCAAUGUGCACCCCAACGUCUUCGUGAACAUGCCGCAGGAUUACAAUGGACCCCAGGUCAACGUUGACGGCAGGAAGAGCAUCAACGAUUACGUGCGGGAAAUCGUGAUGGAUGAGAACGAUGUGCAACCCGGAGUUCCGAUCAACAUCCGCGUGAACACCAAUGGCCAUCAGUACAACCUGAACGACAUUCCCAUGGACGACCUGAAUUACCCAUCUGGCUACAUAAACGGCAACACGUCCAUCAACGUGCGGCCGGAUUCCAGCGGCAGCCUGCCCGGCACGAUCAGGACGUUCCAACUGCCUGAGACGGACAAGCCGCUUUCGUCUUACAUGAACUUGCUGCACAAGCGCAUCCCCGACAUGGAAAACAAGCGGCUGAUGCUGGUCGGCAACAAGACCAUGCUUGACGAGGACCGCAUUCCCGUCCACCUGAUGAACAAGCCGAUGAGCGAAUUGCGGAAGGAAGGCUACAUGGUCUCGUUGGUAAACGAUCCGCAUGACCUGCAUCCAUCCGGUGCCGUGAAAGUGAACAUCCUCUCCAAGGACGGUUUCAGCAGCAGCGCCACUAUUAACGACCUGCAGGAGCCUCUGCGCGACGUUUUUGCAAAGAUCGGCGCCUCUAAUGUGGACAUGAACGCCUUGUCCGGCGCCCAGUUCAAGGUCGUCAUAGACGGUAUCGAGAAGACGUGCAACUUGCCCAAACUGGACCGGCUGCUAACGUCAGUCUCCAUGCAAGACAUAUUGUACACCUGUGGUAUUAGGGACUUCAACCACUCGCACGACUUCACGCUGUUCUUCGACAGCCUGCUGGGCGGCGAGACCGGUGACCAUCGCACGCCUUUCAAGCUCGAGGUCGACCUCGACAACAACGUGGAUAGUACCAAAAACGUGGACUACUCUACGGGUGUGGAGCUCAGUGGUGGCGCUCUCGACUUCCUCAAGUCCAAGCCCAACAGCCACAUCUUCUUCGACAUGGAGGGCAAGGGCUUCCGUGAGUUCGUCGAGGUCGACACCGAGAAAUUCCGGCAACUGCUGAAGGCUCACCCGAGCGUUGUUGACCUUCUUCUACGCAUGGGUAUUCCUCAGGAACACCUCGGUGGCGUCGACUGUCUGAAGAUCAUCCUUUCAACCCUGUCGCAGGUGCUGCAAGGCCACCAGCAAUACGCGGUUAACAACGGCAAGGACCAGAGCGGGUUCAACCUCGACGACCCCAUCAGCAAAUACCAGUCCAUCGCAGACGUGGCGUCGAUCCUCAAGGAACGACCCGAGCAGGACGUGACGGUUUCGGUGGAGCUCGCAAACGGCAACACCAAGGACUUCGUUGUGUCUAACCGCGAGUUUUUGCACGCGUUGCACGGCGGCUUGAGCUUCAAGACCGUUGCGCUUUGGGGAUUGUCGCAGCAGGAGGCGGACCAGAUCACCCGCAUCCACUUCAACACCGCGCCUUUCGGCGGAGCGCCAGACCAGCUGCCGGAAGAGGCACUUAACGUCCAAGGCGCUGCCAACAAGGAGGCCGAAAAGGCUGCUCCUCCCGCCAGCCGCGGAGGAUCGGUGAGCGCCGGAGUCAUAACGCCAGACACUAUGCUGAGGAGCGUGGGCAUCAUAUCGAAGGCAAUGGAUGAGCAGGAUCGUAACGUGAAAUUCGCGGUCAGGACACAAGCUGGCGAGACGUUCGAUAUUGUCGUGAAGGGUUCCAUGCUGAAGGACAACUCGAAGCACGGCCCCAAGAUUAAAGACCUGUUGUCGUACUUCCUGCCGGAAAAGACGAUGUCCACCAUCGCCUCCGUUUCCGUGCAGCUGGUAACGGAUACUAGCAGGUUCUUCGUUCCGCUGAAAACGCACAAGCCCGUGGUAAUGCCCAUUAUGGCGGCCGAUCUUCCUGAGGAUUGCGACAUUCAGGAGUUCAAGAACUCGUGGAACCCUCCGGAGACCACGUACAGGCGUUUGACGUUGAAGGAGGCUAUAGACAACUACCGAUCACAUUUCAGGGUCAAGGGCGACAUGGUUGCCAAGGCGGCCUACCUGUUGCGCAAGGAGCCCGGCAACAACAUCUCCGCGGAGGUGCUGUUCGACGAGGACCACCCUUCGGACGACAGCACUCUGAAUCGCAAGAUCGGUAAGGACGUUGAUAGCGGUAGCACUAUUUUCGUCCGCUUCAAGUCCUCGGGCGAGCUUGCCCCCUGA